AUUUCACACAAUUUUAUAUAGCAGCGGUGCUGGAGAACGGUGUUUUUAGGACAUCCAUAUUUUUUUCGUGAAGAAUUGUGCUAUGUUGAAAACUUCACAGAUUUCCUCCUUGAAUAGUUACUGAAAUCGCAAACCUUGUUAAACAAUUGCCAAGUAUUUCUUUGUCGUUUAAUUUUGUGUAAGACAAUACGCAACUAAAAUUUCUACAUAAAUUAGUGUGCAUUUAAUUUGCUUCGGCCAAUAAUGUCAACAAAGAAAACAAACUUAGAUCAAGCCGAGAAAAUCGAAGAUACAUGGGAUGAUACUUUAUUAAUCAAAGCAUACGACCAUUCUGUUAAAUUAGCUAGAGAAGAAUUAGCAAGGCGCAUAGCAUUGUCUACAAGUAAAUUUUCAAUCAAUCAAGAUGACGCUAGCAAAUCGACCUCAGAAAUUGAAGAAAUGAUGUACAACAUUUCUGAAAUAAAAUAUAAAGUUGGAGAUUAUGUACGUGCGACAUAUGACGAUGGUAAGGACUAUGAAGCAAAAAUAUUAUCAAUUAAUUCGAAAGAUGGGACUUGCAUUCUUAAGUACAUUGGCUAUGAUAAUCAACAAGAAGUAGAUAUAUGUGAUCUCGUUCCAUCAUGGGGCAAAAAAGUUCGCCGACUCCAAUUCUCAAAAUCUAAGAUUGAUGAAUCAUCGGAUUAUUUCCUGAAGAGUAGUUCAGUGGGAAAAAAUUUGAAAAAAGAGAGUAACAAGAAAAAUACAAUCACUGUACCUCCCCCACCCCCAAUUCCUCCAAUGAUAACUUCCAGUAAGAAAAGCGAAGAUUCCGAACAUUUAUCAGCAAUGCUAAUGUCAUGGUAUAUGAGCGGGUAUUAUACAGGGGUAUAUCAGGGUAUGCAAAUGAUGAAAAAUUCUUCAAAAACAAAAAAAUAAUAUUUACAUGGAAGUUUGA